AUGGAAUCAAUAAUGGCAAGGGCACUGGAAUACACUCUAAAAUACUGGCUUAAAUCUUUCUCCAGAGAUCAGUUUAAAUUACAAGGCCGCACUGUUCAGCUCUCUAAUUUAGAUAUAAGUGGCGAUGCUCUACAUGCUAGCCUUGGACUGCCUCCAGCUUUAACUGUUAGUAUGGCUAAAUCCGGCAAGUUAGAGAUUGUUCUACCUUAUUUGAGUAAUGUACAACUCGAGCCAAUUAUUGUGCAAAUUGAUAAGUUGGAUGUGGUGUUGGAGGAGAAUGAUGAGAGCACAAGCAGAAAUACACAAACGCCUUCUAGUUCAUCAAAAGGCAGUGGCUAUGGAUUUGCUGAGAAGAUAGCCGAUGGAAUGACAUUAAAUAUACAGACGGUUAAUCUGUUACUUGACAUUCAUGGCGGUGCUAGACAUCUUGAAGGAGCAACUUGGGCGUCACCAAUGGCAUCUAUUACUAUUCGCAAUCUUGUUCUGUAUACCACAAAUGAGAACUGGCAGGUGGUAAACCUUAAGGCGGCAAGGGACUUUUCAUCCAACAAGAAGUUCAUAUAUGUUUUCAGAAAGCUUGAAUGGGAGUAUAUGUGUAUCGAUCUUUUGCCCCAUCCUGAUAUUCUUGCAAAUGCUUCUGAGAGAGCUUCUAGCCCAAAAGAGGAUGAUGGUGCAAAACGGGCAUUCUUUGGUGGUGAACGAUGUAUUGAUGGAUUAUCUGGAGAGGCUUAUAUUACAAUACAACGGACAGAUCUUAAUAAGCCAUUAGGUCUGGAACUUCAGGUGCAUGUUACCGAAGCAAUCUGUCAGGCAUUGAGUGAACAAGGACUUCGAGCUCUUCUUCGCUUCUUCAGUGGAGUAUAUGUUUGUCUUAACAGGGAAGAUGUGAAUCCACAAGUUCAAGAGCAAUCCACAGAAGCUGCAGGACAGACACUAGUGUCCUUUAUGGUGGAUCAUAUAUUUCUUGGCAUUAAAGAUGCUGGGAUUCAGCUAGAACUUCUGAUGCAGUCACUUCACUUUUCUCGGGCAAGUGUUUCUGAUGGUGCAAGUACCAAAUACUUGACUCGUUUCAUUGUUGGUGGACUAAUUUUACGGGAUACAUUCUCUCGUCCACCAUGCCCACUACUACAACCGUCGAUGGAUGAUCUUGAAGAGGAACAUCCACAAAUUCCAGAUUUUGGAAAAAAUUUCUGUCCUCCUAUAUAUCCGCUAGGUGAGCAACAAUGGGGACUAAGCGACCGUGUUCCACUCAUGUCUCUUCAUUCUCUUAAAUUUAUGCCUUCCGUUGCCCCACCUUCGUUUUCUUCUCAAACUGUCAUCGACUGCAAGCCUCUUACGAUUCAUCUUCAAGAAGAGUCAUGUCUAAGAUUAUCAUCCUAUGUAGCUGAUGGAGUUGUGAUUAAUGCCAGUGAUAUAUCAUCAGAUAUACCCAUCAGCUCCCUUCAGUUCAGUAUGAAAAAGUUAGAUAUUACUUUUCCAUUGGAGACUAGGAAAGACAGCCCAUUCAGAGGGACAAGGCUUCAUAUUGAGAACUUGAACAUUUCUGAGUCACCUUCACUGAGGGUUGGGCUGCUUAAUCUUGACAUGGAUGCUGCAUGUUUCUGUAUGUGGGAAGGCCAACCUAUCGAUGCCAGCCAGAAAAAAUGGACAGCCAGUGCUUCUCUCCUUGGCUUAUCUCUAGACACUUCUAAUAACGAGAAUGAACCUAAUGGUUCACGGUCAGACCUAUGGAGGUGCAUCGAAAUUAAAGAUGUUAGUGUACAGGCAGCAAUGGUGACAUCAGAAGGAAGCCCGCUUAGAAUUAUUCCUCCACCUGGCGGAGUUGUUAGAGUUGGAGCUGUCUGUGAACAAUUUGUGUCCAACACUUCAGUUGAACAAUUAUUUUUUGUGUUAGAUCUCUAUGCGUACAUUGAUAACGUCAGUGAUAAGAUAGAAAUGGUUGGCAAAAAUAAACCAAUGAAUACGAUGCAGAAAGACUCUUCUGAAAAUAAAAGUUUUAGAGAAAAGGUUCCUGCUGAUACUGCUAUCAGCAUGGUAUUUAAGAACCUGAAACUAACGUUUCUCGAAUCUUCUUCUGUAGACAUUAUGGGAACACCUCUAGUUCAGUUCAUUGGAGAGGAUUUGUCAUUGCAAGUUACUCAUAGAACUUUGGGUGCAGCAAUGGCCAUUUCAUCAACUUUGCGAUGGGACAAAGUACAAGUAGACUGUGCAGCCAAUGUUGUUGCCCCAUCGGGCCCUGAGUUGAGAACUGUGUUUUGGGUUCAAAACAUGAAGAAUAUUCGAUCAAAUGGAAAUGUGGUCUUGAUCCCGUUCUUGAAUUUAAGCAUGGUGCAUGUAGUUCCAUAUGAUGCAACGGAUACAAAGUGUCAUAGUUUGCGUGUAUUGGCUUGUAUCGCUGGUGUACGUCUUGCAGGAGGAAUGAAUUAUAACGAAAGUUUGCUCCAGCGUUUCGGAAUUCUAGGGCUAGAUGGCAGGCCAGGGGCAAGACUCUCGAAAGGUUUAGAGCGUUUUUCAUCAGGAACCUUGUCAAUACUAUUCAAGGAGUCACCUCCAUUUGUUGAUGAGGUGAGGGAGAGUCAAAGUAAGCUCACUAUGCUAUAA